UCAGAAUCAAUUUCGGUUUAACUUAAAACCGGUUUUCCCCGGAUGCCGGGAAUUUUCAAGUGUUUUGAGGAUCGGUCCGAGUAAACGAGCAUGACUUCUCCCUUGCUAGGCCUUCCAUUGGAAAGCGUCUUUCCAGCUCUUUCCCGUCACACUUCCAUCCAUGCGAGAGCAGAACCCAGAAAUCCGAAGCAGCAGAAGACGGAGAAGAGGAACAUGGAUCGGCUCGCCAAUGCCUUUUCGAUUCUGGAGCUCGACGUCGACGGCGACCAAUCAAAGGACGAUGCCGCUGCCUCUGUGUCCCUAUCCACCAAGAACUCAGUUUCUGUUCUUAAUCUUUGUUCUGCAGGAAAUGGGAAGAAGAAGGUGGAGGGUGAGAAUCAGCAAGAGAGGGUAACCCCUUCUGGGGAGUACAAAAUGCCCCUUGUCUGGAUUGAUUUGGAGAUGACUGGUCUGGAUGUUGAAGUUGAUAGAAUAAUCGAGAUUGCUUGUAUAAUUACUGAUGGAAAGAUGAUGAAAUUGAUAGAGGGUCCUGAGUUAGUUAUCCAUCAGAGUAGAGAGUGUUUGGAUCGGAUGAAUGAAUGGUGUCAGACUCAUCAUGGUGAUAGUGGUUUGACAGAGAGAGUGAUCCAUAGUACUAUCACUGAAAGAGAAGCUGAAUUGCAGGUUCUAGAAUUCGUUAAGAAACAUGUUGGUACAUAUACACCACAGAUAGCAGGCAACUCUGUCUAUAUGGAUUUACUAUUUCUAAGGAAGUAUAUGCCAGAACUGGCCAGCCUCUUCUCUCAUGUUAUUGUUGAUGUUAGCAGCGUUAGGUCUUUGUGCUAUCGGUGGUAUCCCAAAGAACAUGAGAAAACCCCUGCCAAGGGGAAUAAACACCGAGCCCUAGAUGAUAUAAGAGAAAGCAUCAAUGAACUCAAGUACUACAAACAGGCCAUAUUCAAAGGCAAGUCCAAGUGAUGUAAGGAUUAUGGGAGAGGUGUGAGUUAUGCAUAAACUAUCAUCCUCCCUUUCUGCUGAUCAAUGGUGAAGAAAUGCAGACAAGUCAUGUGCAGUUUCGCUCGAAGUGGUUUCUCGAAUCUUGACAAUGGAUAUAGUCUGCAAACUGUCAAGUUAACGUUGGCCUGGAACUUGUAUUCAUUGCCUCAAUUUUAGUUGUUGUAGAACAGUAGAAGUGUACAUCCAAAUUUAGAUGCAACAGUGAUCCAUUUGAUUUGAUGUGAAAUAGCUUUACGCCAUUA